AUGUAUGUGGGCUAUAUAUUGGAUAAAGAAGUAAGCAUGUACCCAGGACCCGUUAGACGACCAAGCAUCAAUUUAUCUACACAGAACUUCGUUUCUCCGCCACAGUACUCGGAGUACGCGGGAUAUCAUGUGCCUAAUAUGGAAAGCCAUCCCCAAGCCUCAGUGUCUUGGACCUCUCCGUAUGGUCCACCAAGAGAGGACUGGAGUUCUUAUGGGCCCGGUCCAUCGAACACAGUGCCAGUUCAGAUAAGUAACUCUACUCCAGGGCAGGUUUCUUACAGCUCGCCUGACUAUAACGCCAUGAACCCCUCAGCUGGAGGCAUCCUUCCUCCUUUAGACGCAAUCUCGGGGGGGCAAACGUCGCCCAAUAGUCAGAGGCGCAAUCCUUAUGAAUGGAUGAAGAAAACAGCGCAGAUCUCUGCUGCAGGUAAAACCCGCACAAAAGACAAGUACAGGGUGGUUUAUACGGAUCAUCAGAGGCUUGAGCUGGAAAAGGAAUUUCACUACAACAGGUACAUUACUAUCAAGAGAAAAUCCGAACUGGCAACCAUCCUAGGACUCUCAGAAAGACAGGUUAAAAUCUGGUUCCAAAAUCGAAGGGCCAAGGAACGGAAGAUGACCAAGAAACAGUUAGCUCAGUCUGAUGGUUGUCUGGCUCCCCAUGGUCCGGGCCCAGGGAGUCCUGUAGAGAUGCCAGGGCAGAUGCUGCUUGGGGGCCACAUUUCUGGAGGUCCGCCCGUGGGGAAUAUGGCCCAAGUAACUGUCACACUCUAA